AAAAGGCUAUCUGCUGAUGAGACAACUUACUCCUGACACAUGAAAAUGAACUAGAAGGACACGAGAUGGUGCAUUUAUUUGCAUACACAUCGCCUUUCCCAUGACAUCAACGGGAUAGCGAAGUGGCUUGUAGAUAUGGGCAUCCUAAGAAUGAUAGCUAGCAGCAUGGGUAGGAUCAGCACUUUCAGGUCCUAUCAGUUAGUCCUGCUCCUUGCCGCAGCCCUAGCAGUUGUAGCUUUUUACUACUUUGGUUCAGAGAGGCAGAAUUUCUCCAGCACUACCAAGCGUAUCAAGCAGACGCAGGCCAGCCACAACACCAACAGAAAUGAUGCAGACCUGACUGUGGACACCAAGCUGCAGCACCUGGAUGGAUCUGAGGAAGACGGAGGGGAAGAGAGAGAUGUAGGAGAUGAUAGUGAGGAUCGGCGAUUCCGGGGAGGGGACGGCGAGGCUGUGGGCGACAAACACUACCACGCACUCAUGAUGUUCACCAAGGUAGACAAGAGUCGCAGCCUUCAGGAGAAAUUCAGAGUGGCCAUGUUAUCCAUGGUUAAACACAGCCACUUCCUGGAAGAAGAGGUGCUUGUUCUUCAUUUUGUGAGCGACCAGGCCAGCCAGGAAUUGGGAGAGAGGAUGCUCAUGGAAUUUCUCCUGGAUGCAACAUUUAAGUAUGAGGUGGUGUUCCACGAUGUGGUGUCCCUCACACAGAAGCUGUUCCCUAUUGUGGAAGCCAUGCAGAAGCACUUCAGCGCUGGCUCUGGGGCUUACUACAGCGAUGCUAUAUUCUUCCUGUCCGUAGCCAUGCACCACAUCAUGCCUCCAAGUCUGACUCGCAUAGUGCAGCUGGACCUGGACCUCAAAUACAGAACCAACAUCAGGGACCUCUUCCAAGAGUUUGAUCGCUUCCCUCCUGGAGCAGUCAUAGGCAUCACCAGAGAGAUGCAGCCCGUCUACAGACACACCUUCUGGCAGUAUCGUAAGGAGAACGCGCAGACCAGGGUAGGGGAACCUCCUCCUGAUGGGCUUCCAGGCUUCAACAGUGGAGUGAUGUUAUUGAACCUGGGGACCAUGAGGACCUCGGCCCUGUACAACCAGCUGUUGGAGCCCAGCAAUGUGGCCAAACUAGCCGACCAGUACCGCUUCAGGGGCCACCUCGGGGACCAGGACUUUUUCACCAUGAUCGGCAUGGAGCACCCUGAGCUAUUCCACGUCUUGGCCUGUGGCUGGAACCGCCAGCUGUGCACCUGGUGGAGGGAUCACGGAUAUGGAGAUGUAUUUCAGUUGUACUAUCGCUGUGAUGGACCUAUCUAUAUCUAUCAUGGGAACUGCAACACGCCCAUACCAGACGAUUGACGUAUGGACCACACUAAUGUUGGACCUGAGAAUUAGUUCAUGAACGACUGUGGUAUACCUGGACUGAAUGUACACCGAAUUUUUUGAGGUUGUUGAAAGGGAAGCUUGUGACUUUUUUUUAGUAGUUGUCUUGCUUGAUUCCUCACUGAUCACUACUCUUCCCCCUGCUGGUCAGGGGUGCUGCUGACGCUCUUUACUGAAACCAACCAUAAGACACUUGUUAGACAUACAGUGGCAAGUGCAGACAGUACAGGGCUCAGUAAUGGCUUCCAAAGCCACUGUAUAAGAGGAAUGUGGCUCACACACGUCACAUAUGGUUUAUAUGUCAUGUUAAAUUAGCUGUUUGCCUCAUGUCUCUUUACAUUCUACUUUAAUAUACGACCAAUUUAACAAGAGGCCAAAAGAUGCUUGCACUACCAAAUAGUGCAACUACUUUAGCUAAUAAUUCCUUCAAAAAAUACGUUGCUGACAACAGUCAAAAUAUAAUCUGCGACUAAUAUGGCGUUACUAAGUGUGUGUAUUAGCUACUAUAAACAUGCUCAUCACUUGUUCAGUUUUGUUUAUUUUUUAUAAAAAAGAAAUCUCUCUCCAAUUCCCUCUCUUCUUGCCACGUCCUCUUGCUGUCUGUCAGUGGCCCAGGGCCCCCCUGCAUUGUCCUCAUUCACCACCAGGUAAGGGCCAAUCUGUUACCAUUCACCUUUCUAAUGGUUUGCAGAAGAGGGGGGCUUUUGUUGACCACCUGGAUUCCAGUCAGCUACGCCACGUGGGGCAAGUGGCACAACACACUGGCACGGUUUCAUUUAAACCUAUUUUUUUUUUAUAGGUAGGAGGAGAGAAAAGAAAAUAAGGAGGAGGUGGACGAGGGGUUGGAGAGGGAAGGGUUAGCAAUGAUGGCACUGAUAGCUGUUGUUCAUUCCCUGCACUUACAGGUCAGCUGAGGCCAAACGGACACACAAAAGCCCAAGCACACGUUUUGGGAAGUGACACGGCCAAGAGUGUGACUGCAAAUAUUGACCCACUUUUGUGUUUUCUUGCUGUGUUCAUUGAACUGGCACUCCGUUUCACCGAACCGUCAGCACUCAGUUACCGGUUUACCAGUUAGCAACUGGGGAAAUUGUCUGAUAUGAGGCACAUGUAUGCACACACAUAACACACAGUGAGAAUAAAAUACCUGAAUGCGUUGCACUAUCAAAGGAGUCUAGAAGAGGCACUGAAGACCACUCGGAUAUUUCAAAUCACUAAACCUUCCAUUCACUCUUACUGAGUCUAUUAAUCAAACAUAGUUUAGUUCAAAUAUGAGAAAUCCAUUAAAUAAUAAUAUAUUCCAUCAAUAUUAGCCAAUAGCAUAGAGGUUAGAGACGCAGAUUUGUGUUCAGGAACUUUUUUGUUGGACUGGAAAUUAUUGGAGAUAAAAGUGAACAAGCAAUACUUCUACCUCAGUAGUUUAAAACUUAUUUGUUCCCGAAGAGUUACAUGGCAGCAAACCAGUUGAAGGUGUCUUUUCUGGUCAGUGACUGUGUGUGUGUGUGUGUGUGUGUGUGUGUGUGUGUGUGUGUGUGUGUGUGUGUGUGUGUGUGUGUGUGUGUGUGUGUGUGAGAGAGAGAGAGAGAAAA